AUGUUAUGUAAUCCAGCAAAUCCACCCAACGAUUUCGAUGUUUACAACAUUUUCGAUCGUCGUAUAAACUGUCUUCCGUUCAUGAAUUUCAUUUCGGAGUGCCUUGCUGAUGGUCGUAACCAUAUGCAUUGUUGUCUAAAAGAGUCGAAAGACCGCGAUGAGAACGCGUGUUUUGGCUUAUGUCGUGGUGAGGGCAUUGAUUCAGUGGCUGCAUGGGAUAAAUAUCAAACAUGUCUUGCGAUUAAUUUGGAUCCCAUGUUCAAGUGCUUUGAACGUGGUUAUUUGAAUACACCGACUCCGCCACAAAAACUAAAAGUGCUCGCCGAAAGCACAGAUUCAGCACUUCUCACUUGGUCACCACCAGCCGUUAACCCGAACCUAGCCCAUUCUUAUCAUGUGAUAUGCAAAGAGAUGGACGGCGAAACGAUCGAAAAGACCCUUGAUACACGUGCUACGAAGAUCACUUUGACAGCUCUUCGUGCAGAUAGCAAAUAUUCGGCAUCCGUGGUUGCAGUCACUCGCGAUGGUCAUCGUCGAUCGUUGCCAUCCGAAACUGUUCAUUUUCAUACGGCCGGAGUGGCACCUCGAGUGAGUGCAUAUCGUGAAACGAUUGCAAUACCAAAACAUGCCAAGUCAGUGACAUUAGCAUGUCGUAUGCAAAUGCCAGGCACAAUUCAUCGUGCUGCACGAGUCGAGUGGAAGAAGGUUGAUGAGAACAGUGGUCGUUUCGAGACUUUGAACGGUGAACGAUACUCACUUGUCAAUUAUGUGUCAUCACAUAGACAACCUCGACAUUACGUCUCAACGCUUCAGAUCAAACCACUUCAAGUGGAUGAUUUCGGAACGUAUCGUUGUGUGGCUUCUAAUGAUUUCGGUAGUUCGAGUGCGGAUAUUCGUUUAGUUGUACGUAUGCAAACGAUGGCCGCAUCGAAACCACCUGAAUCACUGUACGCUUGUUGUCAACGUCAACGCAUACGUUCACCGUGUGCUGCGAUUUGUGGUAGUGAAUAUGGGAAACGGGCAUCGUUACGUGCCGAAGCGUUUAUCAAUAAUCGUUGCUAUGAUCAAAUGAGCAAAUUUCUGGCGUGUACAAUUGUGGAUGAGAUUGUCGUUGAUGAGGGUGCAUGUUGUUUGCGUAACAAAGUGCCAACUUUAUGUUUACCGUUAUGUGAUGGUUCGACGUGGCAGAAAGAGGAUGCUUCAACAAGCAGUGCGGCUACAAGACAAAUACCUCAUUUAUGUGCCGCAUACACAUUCGCAAUAUUCGAGUGCCGUAUGGAACACGCUGAUGAUCGACCACAAACGGUGGUUGCACUUCGUGCUACGACCCAAGGCGAUAGUGUCUUGUUGAGGUGGAAUUCAACGGAACGCGCCGAUAUGUAUCAUGUUUAUUGGCGACGACGUGGCUCAUCGUCGAAUUGGGAAGUGAGCUCAGUGAUUGGCACAAGUAAACGUGUGAACGGAGGUGCUGAUGAAGUGGUAGUGGUAGCAUCAAACGCCUUUGGUAACGCUCAUUCGGCAAGACUUCUUUUCGAUAACGGCAAAUGGAUUAAUUCCUAUUAUUAA